AUGGCUGCUCUUAUGACUACGACUAUAACGACGACUGCGAGUCGUCGUCAACACGCACAACUCGCGUCGUUUGUCGCGUCCAACAACAAACACGGAAGAAGAAGCGGUCUCCCCGCGCAGCGAAAAGCAAAAUCGUCUCCAUUUGCCGUCGCCGCCAAAUCCGCAGAAGCCGAGGUCGAGGAAACGUUAACUUUGAAACCAAUCAAGAAAAUUGAUGGUACCGUUCGCCUUCCCGGGUCGAAGUCCUUAUCGAACAGAAUCCUACUCUUAGCCGCUUUGGCGGAAGGGACGACGAAAGUCGAAAACUUAUUAGAUUCCGACGAUAUCCGAUACAUGGUGGAUGCGUUAAAAGUCCUAGGCUUGAGUUUCACGGAAGAUCGAGCGAAUAACGUUUUGGAAAUUACCGGGUGCGGUGGGAAAUUUGAAAAGACCGAUAAAGAAGUCACGGAGUUGUUCUUAGGAAACGCGGGGACGGCGAUGCGGCCGCUGACGGCGGCGGUGGCGGCGGCAGGCCAAGGCACGUUCGUUUUGGACGGGGUGCAAAGAAUGAGAGAGAGACCGAUUCAGGAUUUAGUGGACGGGUUAGUCCAAUUGGGUGUAGACGCGGAAUGUACCAUGGGAACGGGAUGCCCACCGGUUAGAAUAAAUUGCAAAGGGUUACCAGGAGGGAAAAUCGAAUUAGGCGGGAACGUGUCCAGUCAAUACUUGACGGCUAUUUUGAUGUCCGCGCCGUUAUCGACCGGAGCAGUGGAGAUUCAGGUCGUCACCGAGUUGAUUUCGAAACCGUACGUGGAAAUGACUAUUAAAUUAAUGGAGAGAUUUGGGGUGAAAGUGGACGCGGCGGAAGAUUUGCAAUCGUUCAAAAUCCAAGGCGGGCAAACAUAUAAAUCGCCAGGGUCGAUCUUUGUGGAAGGCGACGCGAGUUCGGCGUCGUACUUUUUAGCGGGAGCGACUAUUACCGGCGGUAAAGUCACCGUCGAAGGGUGUGGUCUCGAUUCCAUUCAAGGCGACACGAAGUUUGCGUACACAAUGGAACAGAUGGGUGCGACUUUGGAGUGGACGGCGAACUCGGUCACGUGCACUGGGCCGAAAGAUGGGAAAUUGAAAGCAAUCGACGUGAACAUGAACGCCAUGCCGGAUGCCGCGAUGACUUUAGCAGUUGCCGCAUUAUUCGCGGACGGAACCACGACUAUCCGAGACGUCGCUUCAUGGAGAGUGAAAGAAACGGAAAGAAUGAUUGCUAUUUGCACGGAAACUAGGAAGCUUGGGGCGGAAGUCGUUGAAGGAAGCGAUUAUUGCGUCAUCACGCCGCCGAAGGGCGGAUUCAACAAAGGCGUCGCUAUCGAUACAUAUGAUGAUCACAGAAUGGCCAUGGCUUUUGCUUUAGCAGCGUGUGGUGAUGAAAAUAUUAUCAUCAACGACCCGAAAGUGACAAAGAAGACAUUUCCAAACUAUUUCGAUGUCUUAGCGACGGUUGUUGAGAACAAGUGA